AUGAGCGAGAGUGCAUCAAAUCCAAUUCUAGAGCAAAUACCACUCAUCACAUCCCCGGGACAAUACAAAAAGAGAAAGACAGUGACUUUGCCAUAUGACUUAGAGAAAUUACCACAGGAAUUCCCAGAUAAUGAACAAAAAUCGCUCAAUGAUAUCAAAGAGCGAUUUACAACCCUUCAAGAAAGGGAAAAAAGGAUGAUAGAUAGAGUAGAAAAGCUAUACAAUGAUUCAUGCAAGCAACCAUUUGAGGAAUGGGAAAAAGAAGUGAGGAGAGCUGUUCCUGGAUACAUUAAAGAAGAUGGAUCAAUUGGAAUAAUGACACCGACAAAGAAGGUGACUAACAUUAAGGAGACGUCAUGA